CGCCAGUUCAAGUGCCCACUAUGCACCAAGGCAUUCUUUCGCCUGGAGCACCAAACGCGGCACAUGCGCACCCAUACAGGCGAGCGGCCACACGGGUGCGCAUAUCCCGGAUGCGGGAAGCGGUUCUCACGCUCAGACGAGCUGACUCGCCACAUGCGCAUCCAC